AUCAACAAUGGCACCUGCGUCGAUUUGUUUGUGUUGAAUACGUGACAAUUCAUAACAAUUUGGCUCACUCGUAUUUGAAUGAUCACAUUUAAAACAAGGAAAAAUAAUAUAUUGUAGACAAAAUGGGAGUUCCAGCCUUCUUUCGAUGGCUGAGUCGAAAAUAUCCAAGUGUUAUUGUCGAAUGUAUUGAACAGAGGCCAGUCGACGUAGAUGGCCAAUUGGUGUUUGUGGACUCGUCACUCCCGAACCCCAAUGGGGUGGAGUUUGACAACCUGUACCUGGACAUGAACGGGAUCAUACAUCCCUGCACCCAUCCUGAAGACAAGCCACCGCCGAAGGAUGAGGAUGAGAUGAUGGUGGCCAUCUUCGAGUGUAUUGACAGGCUGUUCCGUAUUGUGCGGCCGAGGAAACUGCUGUAUAUGGCUAUUGAUGGUGUUGCACCCAGAGCUAAAAUGAACCAGCAAAGAUCGCGUCGUUUCCGCGCCUCCAAAGAGACGCAAGAGAAAAUUGAGGAAAUAGCUCGCAUUCGCUCCGAAUUGCAAGCUAAAGGGGCGUACUUGCCGCCAGAGAGGCCGAAAGAGGCACAUUUUGAUUCUAACUGUAUCACUCCUGGAACGCCUUUCAUGGACAGACUGAGCAAAUGUUUGCACUACUACAUACAUGACAGACUGAACAAUGAUCCUGGAUGGAAAGGAAUCAAAGUGAUUCUAUCUGAUGCCAAUGUUCCCGGGGAGGGAGAACAUAAGAUUAUGGACUACAUACGCAGACAGAGAGCUCAACCAGACCACGAUCCGAACACGCAGCAUGUGCUCUGCGGAGCUGAUGCUGACCUCAUCAUGUUGGGGCUAGCAACACAUGAGCCUAACUUCACUAUUAUUAGAGAGGAGUUCAAACCGAAUAAGCCACGGCCGUGUGACGUGUGUGGACAGCUUGGUCACGAAAUGAAGGAAUGCACGGGCAGCACCCCAGAGGCUGCGCUGGUUCGAUCAGAUCCAGCGUUCGGUAACCAAGAUAGCUUCAUAUUCGUGAGGCUCAGCGUGCUUAGAGAGUAUUUGGAGAAGGAGCUCCAAAUGCCGAACUUGCCGUUCCCCUAUGACUUUGAACGAGCACUCGACGACUGGGUGUUCAUGUGUUUCUUCGUUGGCAACGACUUCCUGCCGCAUCUACCCAGCUUGGAGAUCAGGGAGGGUGCUGUGGACCGACUGGUCAAUUUGUACAAGAAGUGCGUCUAUAAGACUCGGGGCUGGAUAACAGACUCGGGCGACGUGAACCUCGACCGGGUCCAGGUGAUCAUGGAUGAACUGGGUCGGGUGGAAGACGAGAUCUUCAGACGGAGACACCAGAACGAAGUCAGCUUCAAGGCGAGGGAGAAAGCGAAGAAACAGCAGAAGAUCAACUUUCAACUGCUUGAGAAUACGCAGUUUGCGCCUACCGCAUUAGGAGCCGGCGGUCGGAACACAGUGCAGAACGCACGGCAAGAGGCGGCAGAGAUUCGUAGAGCCGGCAUGCAGGCUGUAGCCGCUCGGGAACAAGAAGAGAACCGUUCCCGCAAGCGUUCAGCGACCCAGGCCGGGUUGGACGAGGACGAUGAUGAGAAACACGACGAGGUGCGUCUGUGGGAGGAGGGCUUCAAGGAGCGGUACUAUGAGAGCAAGUUCGAGGUGGACAGGGAGAAUCUGGAGUUCAGAUACCGCGUGGCGCUCCAAUACGUGCGCGGUCUGUGCUGGGUGCUCCGCUACUACUACCAGGGCUGCGCCUCGUGGAAGUGGUACUUCCCCUACCACUAUGCACCGUUCGCCUCGGACUUUGUGAACAUAUGCGGUCUGAGUACUAAGUUCGAGAAGGGGACGAAACCGUUCCGACCUCUAGAGCAGCUGAUGGGCGUGUUCCCGGCGGCCAGCUCACAGCACGUGCCCAAGCCCUGGGCAACACUCAUGAGCGAUCCGUGUUCACCAAUAAUAGAUUUCUACCCCAUCGACUUCAAAAUAGACCUAAACGGCAAAAAGUUCGCUUGGCAGGGCGUAGCCCUACUGCCUUUUGUGGACGAAGCCCGACUGUUUAAAGCCCUGGAGCCCUAUUAUAAGGAUCUGACGCAGGCUGAAAUACAACGCAACAUCCGCGGGCACGACCGUCUGUACGUGUGCACGGGCAACACUAGCUACGACUUCCUGCUCGGCCUGUACCAGGCUGCUGGAGCUGAUCUCCAGAAGCUGGUGGAUGAGGAGCAGGCCUACCCGUACAGGAGUGAAGGGGUGAGGGGCGAGGUGAUGCUGAGCAAGGACCAUGUUAUUAUUGGCGGGCAACUCCCCUCCCCCGUGGUGGGUCUGCCCCCGGUGCUGGACAACCGGGUGGUGUGUGUCCGGUACCGCGACCCGGACUACCCGGAGGAGUUCGUGUUCCCGGCGCGGAGGCUGCGCGGGGCUACCGAGCCGGCCCGGGUGCUGCGCCCCGGGGACCUCGCCCACCAGGAGAACAGGAACUGGAGGCCGCAGAUCGGUAUGGUCCGUUCCCACACGGUGGCGAGUCUUGAAGCGGCCGGGCAUCGAAUGCUGGGCCACCACCUGUCGCAGCAGGGCAGCUACUCUUCUGUACCACCACCACAGCACAAUCGAUCACACUCCUUCGGGCCUCAACGCAGUGGUUACGUACCACACCAGAACUAUGACCAGAACCAAGGUUACAACCGCUCUGGUUACCAAUCCAACCAGGACAGGUUCGGGAACCAACGCCAUAACCAAAACAGGUAUGGGAACCAGGGUUACAACAGCCAGGGUUCUAGACACGGCCAGAAUAACCAGGGCUACUCGUCGAACAAUAGCCACAACCAGAAUCAAGGUUACGGCAGUCAGAAUCAGAGGUACGGCCAGAAUCAGAAUCAGAAUCAGGGUGGCUGGAGACCUCAGGGACAGAAUCGAGGGAAUUCCUCGUGGCGUUGAUUUAAUUUUUAGGGUGUAAAUAGGUAAAUACGAUUUGGGAUGAACGAGCAGACGGGGUUUCUGUAAGGUUUAUAAAGCUAAAGAUGAUAGUAAAGUUAGAGAUUUAUUUUGACAGACAGUUAUGUUUGUUACAUUGUAACUUUUAUCUAUAAGGUCCACUUUUUCUUUUCUUCUCUACUUGGCAAGAGAUGUAUGAUUACACAGAAUAUAAUUUAAAUUCUAGGAGGUCAAAUGUCAAGGAGGUUUCAUUAGAUAAUCUUUCGAAAAAGAAAUAAAAUGGAAAGAGUAAAUAAUAGAAAUAAUUUUGGUAAUUGUAUAGAGGAUUUUAAAACUGAUAUUAUCAUAAUAUCGACAAAGAAUAUCCCGUCUGCUUGUUUGUUUGCUUAAUAAAAUAAAUGUACAAAUUCACAUUUCCAAGCGUGUUUUAUUACGUAUCAUUUUUUGUUAACAAAAUAAUAUCUUGUACGCGUAUUAUCAUAAUAAUGAAAACUGUAUUUAAGUACCUAGGUAUAUGAGAUUUCUAAGACUUAGCAAGAAUGUUACAGAAAUAACAUGUCUUCAUUACUGUAUUUUUAACCGACUUCAAAAAAAUUGGGAGGUUCUCAAUUCGGCCGGUAUAUUUUUUUUUUCAUAAAAAUGUCAAAAAUUUAGAAAAAUUCGUAAGGUAAUGGAACUGAUUUGAGUUCAUUAUAUAUUACUUCUAGAAGAUUCGGAUUGAAAUCUAUAAAAAAAUGUUACUGACUCUAGACAAUGCACAUUGUACAUUUAUUUUUAUGUAUGAAUAGGUAUAUCUGAAAAACAAUUACCUGGUCGUGGUAAACUUUUUUUGGUAAUUUUUGCCUAGCAGAGAAUUUAUGAUAUUGUAUUUUUUUGUGAUUUGGUUAGUGUAUUGGCCGUGAAGGAAAGUUCAAUUAGAAGGUAUUUUCCAAAUUUUGUAUUAGUAAAAGAUGAAAUUUUUUAAAACGAAUUACAAUACAUAAUAUGAUGUCCAAUAAUUUAUAGUUUCUUAUUGUGAAUUAUAGCCGGAUAGUUCUGGGUUCGAUUCCAGAAGAGAUGUAAAUAUUGGCCUCUAUAAUAUUGAUUUAUACUUGUAACACGUAAUAAAUUAUACAGAUUAAAAGUGUCCCAUUAUCAGGACACAGAACAUCACACGAAAAAUAUUUUUUGCCUAAUUUUCUUUGACUCGGCCUUACAGUAGAAAAUAUUUGCAAUGUUUAAAUUUAGUUUUAAGUGAUAUGUUUAAGUGAUUAGAUAGUUGAAAUGACAUAACACUUGAUUUUAAAACUAUUUCGUUCACAAAUAAAUGAUUUAUAUAUC